UAGUAAUAAUUACAUUUCUUGGUGUCAGUAGGUUUCAGAGAUAUCAGGGAAAUGAUAACAACUCACCAAUUUUCUUGGGAACUACUUUGAAAUACAUUGUACUGUGUUUGUACAGUUAUAACCUCUUACAUUGCAUUAAAAUGUUUUGUUACAUCCACAUGCAUGUAAACGCAGGAUUGGAUUUGUCAUGCUAUUUUAAACAUAGGGCAAAUGCCUCAGUUUCUAUGUUAGACUGGUCAUAAGUUCUAUUCUUUUAUUUAUAUCUUUAUUUAUAUCUAAUAUUGCUGUUAUACAUUAUUCAUCGUUUUAGAUUACAUUUACAUAAAACUCAAUGAAAACACACUCUAGUCAUUGUCUCCAAAAUACUACAAAUGACAUAUUGAUCAACAUUUUCUACAAAGUUGGACUAUUUCUUGUCCAUUCUCUUCGUUUUAAUGCAUUCAUCAAAUAGAUUGAAUAACUUCCAAAAGUCAAGUAAAACACAAAUUACUUCAGAAUCAAGAUUAUCAAGAUACAAAUUAUCAGAUUUUCGUUUCUCAAAUCUCUGUCCACACGUUCAAUCUUCAACAGUGUGAAAUGCUGCUUGGAAAGGCAACUGACUUAAUUAUCUGUAUGUAUCAUAUUUGAGAACAGCGUUCCAAUAAUUAAUCACAAUUGGUGCUAUCAAUGUGGAACAAUGUUUUCGCAACGACCAAUAGCGUCCCCCUUGUUAAUUACCAUUAUUUCCAGUCAUUCGAACCUAGCCGUUUUUACAUCAAGCUCAACUUUUUCAAUGAAGAACAGCAAAAUCAGCCAUCCGUUUGCAACUUCUGUGUGGAUCGAUUACAUCAGGUUAUUAAUUAUCGAGAUGUCAUCUUCGUUGACAAGAAGAGCGCCAAUGACACGCGAUAGAAGAUCUUAAAGGUGCGAAGGUCCAUAGGCGAAGAUCCAUGCGACUAAAAUUAAACGGCGCUGUCUGAAGCUGUCCUAGACCCUUUUAACCGACAUUUUUCUAGCAGCGACCUAACGUAACACAUUUGUUGCGUACAAAUUGUCCUCCCAAAUACAAACUAGAAGGACUUGAUCUAUCAAGGAUUCGGACGAGGAGGAACGAAAUAGUGAAACAUUUAGUGGAUCUUACGCAACAUCAUGCAACUGUGCACUGCCAUUGAAGCUGCCAGUGAUAGCCUGGUAUAUAUUUAUAUAAUGUUUGAAGUCACACAGAGGUUACGGAAUUGUUUACUCGACACCUGGGAAGACAAAGGAAGUGGCCUGAAUGGUAUUUUAGGCCGAGAUUGUCCUUCUGCCAACGUUGACCAACACAAGCAGACGACAACCUUUCAAGAUCCUUCUUCCUCGCUGCGUCGUUUCGCUCACACUGCCCGAAUAUGUAAAACUGACGUCACACCUCCUCGGGAGGAGAGCGCAAAAGGACACCCACCAUUUCUCUCUCUCUCUCUC